GCGGUUGUCAUGGACGCAACUACUGAAAAAUAAACAAUUCGUUAAAAACGCGUGCUGAGAAGCUCUACGACGGUUUUCCAAAAAUAUGGACGUAAUUGAAGGAAAUAUCAAUAUUCCUCCAGACGUAUUAGCAGACUCCAUGGCUGCAAGUGUCGAUUUGCUACCAGAAAAGACCAGGGAGCGAUAUCAAAAAGAAUACGAAGAUUUCAAGGAAUGGCUUAAGAUUAAGAGGAUCAAUUUAGUAAAUGAAGACGUGUUAUUAGCGUACGUAAAGGGAAAAUCGGAAAUGUACUCGCCCAAUUCAUUAUGGACAAAAGUUUCAAUGUUGAAACUCACUUUGAAGGUAUAUGACAACAUUGACAUUUCAAGAUUCGGAAAAUUAUUCGCCUUUUUGAAAAGAAAGUCUGAAGGUUACAGACCAAAAAAGUCUAACAUUUUGUCUGAAGAGCAAGUCAUGACAUUUUUAUUGGAAGCUGAUGAUGGUGUAUGGCUCCUAGAAAAAGUCAUCUUAAUAUGUGGAAUAUUUGGCGCUUGUAGGGGUGAUGAGCUUUUGAAGUUGAACGUGGAGGACUUUGAAGACACCAACAAAAACGUAAUAGUUACAUUGCGGAUCACAAAAAAUAAGAAAAGCAGAGUGUUUCUAAUUCCGAAAGAAGGACUUCCCUUCAAUGCGUAUCAGUUAUACAAAAAAUACGCGGAAUUACGUCCUCAACAUUUAGAAACUCGGCGAUUUUUCAUUGCCUACCGCAAAGAAAAUUUUUUGAAAAGUGUAGAUGACGAGCACCGCAAAACAUUCGCCGAUCUUCAGAAAAUGAUCGAUGAUCGCGGUCUGAGAGAACUCUACCCGUAUGUGGAUAUCUGCUUAAAAAUUAUCUUAACCAUGGCAGUAUCUAAUUGUUCGGCCGAAAGUCGUUUUCUGUGA